AUGAUCAUAUCUACACUACGCGGACCUCGAUCGCAUGCAUCAUUAUCACUACUGCUCCACCACUUCCUCUCCCAGUUGCCACGACAAGCUAGCUAGCGAACGUCGUGUAGCCAUGGCGCCGCUUCUCCUGCUACGCCUCUUGCUUUUGGCAGGUGCGGCCACGGCGGCGGCGGUAGCAGCGGACAACGCCACGGCCACGGGCGGCAGCGGCGACGGCGCCACCGGGAACAAUAAUAACAAUAACAAUCCGACCAUAUGCAGCGGCGAAGGUUGCCAGCCGCCGCCAGGGCAGCCGCUGCCGAUCUACGGCUACCCUUCGCCUCCGCCGCCGUCUCAACCGGCCGGACCGUCGUCGCACACGCCACCGUGCCCGCCGGCGGCGGUCGUCUGCUGCGGCGGCGGCGGCGGCGGCGGGCAGUACACGCCGCAGCAGCCGUACUACUACGCGCCCCCUGCCGGCUACGUCCCGUACUACAACAACUCCGCUGCCUCGCCUCCGGUGCUGCUCGCUCAUGCGGCCGUUGGUUAUUAUUAUUACGUGAUGGCUGCUUAUCUCUUACUCUGGCUUGUGGUGUAGUAGUAUAAUACUCCAGUAUAUAUAUAGCGAUUAUAAAGGAGUAACAUGUAUACAUGGACAAGUGUGUAUUUCAUAUACUCCAGUACAUCUGUAUUUUGGAAUUUGGAAUAAUACGGUCGUGUAUCAUGAUCAUCCCAAA